AUCCACUCUUUGUGUUCUCCUAAAUUCUAAUCUUCUGAAUUCUUCAUAUCCCUUUUUUCUCUUGUAAAAUUUAUUUCACUGUAUUGUACUCCUUGAAUAACAUCUUCAAACCCUAAUUUUUCCGAUUACUGUUUAUACUUUUACUACCUCUACCACUACGGGAUUGGAAUUGAUAAUUGUAUCUUUGUGUUAAUGUGAUAUGGCAACUCGAACUGAUGUACGUACGUACGAAGUUCCACGUUGUUACUGAUUGACUGACUGAGAGGUACUUGAAAAGGAAAUUUGGUUCGAGUUAGUUUUUGUGAUCUGAGAGCAUAAGCACACUACCCAAAGGACAACUGCUUGAGGUCGGUCACAAGACUUUUUUUGUGGGUAAUUUUUGUGUUAACUCCGUACUUAUUGAGACGUUACUGACGGAUUCGGAUAUCCGUGGGAUAAGGCGAUGUGUGCAUUUUUAGUGUCGAUCUUUUCUAACCCCACCCUUCGUUUAUGGGAAGGCAGCAUCGCUGUCAUGCUGGUUGUCUAAGGGAAACACUUUACUGCCGUCACAAUUCUGUGCAUUCAGCAGUACGACUUUAGCCCAGAACCUUGAGUUUACUGCUUUUAGUCUUACCGUUCUUCAACCGACCUAUCUGACAUGGUAGGACCUUGAGGAACGAUCGUUCCAGCCAGUAUAGCCCGAUUGGUCUAUCAUGAUAGGCAAGCUCGGCUACCACGUCAAGGUAGCAGCAACGGCGGGUUAAAGUGAUGUGCACUUCAGAGAAACGCCGAAAUGCCCUGUUAACUAAACGUUAAUUAGGUUGGUUGAUGAAGUAGCUUGUUAACUAAAUGCAAUACUUAUUAUUACUAGUUAGAACAUAAAUAAUAAAUAAUCCGUUCAGUCAAUUGGGUAUAUUUUAAUAAGCAUCCGUCAAGCAAUUAUAUAAAUUACCUCAUCAACCAACCUAAUCAAUGUUUAGUUAACAAGAGCAUUCGGUGUUUUUCUUUAGUACACAUCGCUUUAUGUUAUUACUCAGGUACUUAGUUAUUACUUCACAAGUGCAGACUGACUUCGUUAUCCUAGGAUGCUCAAUCCUACAAACAAGCCAUACAUGAUUUCUUAUAGGUAACAAAUUCUGGACGUAAUUUAUUUCAAAUCAAUAUUUUUUUCCGGAAAGCAAUUUAAUCUUAAUACCGUUCUUGUUUCUAUUCGUCUUAUGACAUCAUCCUUGUCUUAAUCUCAUGUUUUUCAGGUAACUUCGUAUAAUUUAUCUUGUGGCAAACGAAUUCGAGGAGUGUUAGUUGUCCUUUCGUAUAUGGUGUUCAGCAAUAAAAAUGAAAACUCUAGGAAAAACUUGUCGUGUGCAUAUCUUAUUGGUUGGUGUGUCGAAUUGUUACACGCAGGAUUCCUUGUUUUGGAUGAUAUAAUUGACAAUUCUACACUUAGACGGGGCCAACCGUGUUGGCAUUGUACUCAGAUAGAUUUAAACCGUGGGUUAAUUGGAGUUAAUGAUGGUUUACAUCUGAUUUUAUCAUCGAAAUACUUGAUCCACUCUUUAUUUGCUGAAAAUCAAAGUAAUGUUGAUUCAUAUUCAUGGAAGGACAAAAAUAACGUAUAUCUCAAAUUAUGCAAAUUGUUUGAUGAAAUUAGUUACAAAACGUGUUCUGGCCAAUGCUUGGAUGUACUAUCAGCAAAUCCUAAUAAUCAAUGUAUUUUGAACGGAAAACAGAAUAAUUUGGAGUUUGAUAGUUUUGCUCGAAACUACUCAUCAGAUGUCUUUGAAGCUAUAACACACUGGAAGACGGGUUUUUAUACUUUUUAUCUACCUGUAGCGUGUGGAAUGAUUUUGGCUGAAGUUGAUGAUACAGAUGAUAUUUUCAAAAAUGUUCAAUACAUCCUCCUUAAAUUGGGUAACUACUUUCAAGCCCAGGAUGACUAUUUAGAUUGUUUUGGUGACAGUGAAAUUACUGGAAAAGUUGGGACUGAUAUAGCAGAAGGCAAAUGUACAUGGCUAAUUGUUGAAGCGUUAAAAUACCUUUCACCUGAACAAUAUGAAAUACUUAAAACAAAUUAUGGUAAACCCGAUCUUAAGUCGCAACAGACUGUUCGCAAUCUCUAUGGUGCGAUCAAAUUACCAGAGAAGUAUUACUUGUACGAAGAACAAACUAAAUCAGAGAUUAUGAAUAACAUUCAGAAGUUUAUGUACCGUGAUCACUUUUCUUUUGAUCCUAGGGAUUUGUUUACUUUUCUUGUCGAAUUACUUUUUCAACGUGUUUGUUAAAGUGCCAUGAAAAUAUUUCAUAUUUUU